AUGUCUGACUCGUGUCUGAUGAAUAUAGGUGGACAUCAAGUUACAUUCUAUAUACACAACAAAUGUCCAUUUCCAAUAUGGCCAGCAACUCCAUCAAACACUGGCCAACCAAUUAUAGCAUAUGGUGGAUUCUGCCUUGCAUCAAGCCAAACCAAGAAAAUUCAAGCACCAUGGUCAUGGAGUGGUAGAAUUUGGGCUAGUACAGGUUGCAAUUUUGAUUCAAAUAGUUGGAAACCAUCUUGUGAAACAGGGGAUAGUGAUGGAAAACUAGCAUGCAAUGGACUAAUAGGUACUCCACCAGCUACAUUAGAUGAAAUCACACUUCAAGGUGAUAAAGGGAAAACAAAUUUCUAUGGUGUUAGUCUUGUUGAUGGUUACAUUGUUCCUGUUUCUAUCACACCAAGCAAGAACAUUAAUUCAAAAUGUAACAUUGAAGGUUGUUUGAAGGAUGUUAAAAGUUUGUGUCCUAAUGAGCUUCAAUCUCUUGAGAGUGUAAAGAAAAAGGAAGAGGAGGAGGCAAAGAAAAAGGAAGUUCAGCUGAAGGCAGUGAAGGCUGAUGGAAAAUCUGCAGAAGAAGUGAAGGACAAUGGUGCCAUCUAUUAGUUUGAAUUAUGGUUAAUUUCAGAAAUAUAUGUAACACUUCAGAGUAUAUAUUUUUUUUAAUAAAAUAAACUUUUUGUAUAA